UAGUACUACUGUCCUACUGCUUAGUGCAAUCGUCACUAACGAGAGAUGAAGCCUCUGACCAACAAGCAAUCUUUGUUUCCACCACUUUGGUCAUCUUCUACUUCUUCUUCAGUGUUGAUACUAGUGCUUGUAGCUCUCGCUUGCACGCUAGGUGUUACCAGCUGUUCCUUUUCAUGGUCAUGGAGAGUCGGUAAUAUACUGAGUACCGACUACUCCUCAUCACUAGCUUUCUCAACAAAAUCAAGGCCUGAUUCUCAAGUAAUACAUGAAGAACCUGCAACAGAAGCUCAUCCUAUUGUCCGUCCUUCAUCAAAUGAUUCAGAAUCAAAUGAAACAGUACAACUUCCCCCCAAUCAAAAUAUAGAGAAACAAGAGGUAGUAUUGAAUGAAAAAGAUUCUGGGGAAAACAGCGUUUCUGUUGCAUCUGAGACAAUAGCUAUAAAGAGAUAUAGCAGAUUAGAGAAACUUGAAGCAAGUUUGGCUGGAGUUCGGGCUUCCAUAAGAGAAGCUGCUCGAGUUAGAAAUCUCAGUUCUACUCAUAAAGAUCUAGACUAUGUUCCUCAAGGUCCAAUAUACAGAAAUGCAAAUGCUUUUCACAGGAGUUACUUGGAGAUGGAAAAGCUGUUCAAGAUAUAUGUAUAUCAAGAAGGAGAUCCACCCAUAUUUCAUAAUGGUCCAUGCAAGAGUAUAUAUUCUACAGAAGGAAGAUUCAUUCAUGAAAUGGAAAUGGAUAAUACAUAUAGAACCACAAAUCCAGAUGAUGCCCUUGUUUAUUUUCUCCCAUUCAGUGUGGUCAUGUUGGUUCAGUACCUCUAUGUGGCCGAGUCCCAUGACACUGAGUCCAUUGGUCGUACUGUUGUUGACUAUGUCAAUGUCAUCUCCGAUAAACAUCCCUUUUGGAAUCGAAGCCUUGGUGCUGAUCACUUUAUGCUUUCCUGUCACGAUUGGGGCCCUCGAACGUCUUCUUAUGUUCCUCAGCUAUACCACAAGUCCAUAAGAGUAUUAUGCAAUGCAAACACAUCCGAAGGAUUCAAUCCUUCUAAAGAUGUAUCAUUUCCAGAAAUCCAUCUCCGGACUGGCGAAACCAAAGGACUUCUCGGUGGUCUCUCCCCCUCUCGCAGAUCAAUUCUCGCCUUCUUCGCAGGCCGCCUACAUGGUCACAUAAGGUACAUGCUCUUAAAUGAAUGGAAAGAAAGAGAUCAAGACGUGCAAGUUUAUGACCAACUCCCCCAGGGAGUAUCCUACGAGUCAAAGUUAAAGCAGAGCAAGUUCUGCCUGUGCCCCAGCGGUUACGAAGUAGCAAGCCCAAGAAUUGUGGAAGCUAUCUACGCAGAAUGUGUGCCGGUGUUGAUUUCGGAUAACUAUGUUCCACCAUUCAGUGAUGUUUUAGAGUGGAAGUCAUUUUCAGUCCAAGUAAAAGUGAAGGAUAUACCAAAUAUCAAAACAAUACUAAUGGGAAUAUCUCAGAGUCAGUACCUGAGAAUGCAUAGGAGAGUGAGGUUGGUGCAGAGACAUUUUGUGGUGAAUGGACCUUCCAAAAGAUAUGAUGUUUUCAACAUGAUUGUUCAUUCUAUCUGGCUUAGGAGGCUGAAUAUCCGCGUUGAGGAUCAAGUCAAAUAG